UCCAAAGCGCUAGCAGCAUUAGCUUUUAGGUUUCCCAAUAUUUAUCGGUUUUCGCUGUGUUGGCUGAAUAAGUCAGCGUCUGCAGUAAGAAUAUCUUCGGCUCGUCAUCUGUGAUGAGGGAACUAGUUGAUACAGCGGAAGAAGCAGGACAUGUCCAACUUGAUUAUUUGCUCCGUGUUUUUACAUUUAUUUAUAGCGCAUUUUAGUGAGAGAAAAUAGAAGAGAUCACGACGGAGAACACAAGUCUGCAGAAUAAGUCAAACUAAGGCUCUCCAGGAAACUAUUAUGUAUGUAUGCUGAUGAUAAAAUGUCAGUUUGAGCAGGAAUCAGAGAGAAGAAGCUAACCGAUAUGAAUAUGACACACAGGACUGAACAAACCGAUUUUAACAGGAAACAUCCAACUGAGUUAUGGUUAUGUUUCAAACAAACAAUUUAACAUGUUUUAAUGGACUGUAACAAAUACAAUAUGGAAGCAAAAAAAAAAAACUCAGAAUACAGGAGAGGAAAAGUUCACUUCAUUUUAAGUAAUGUAAAUCCUUACAGACUUUAAAUAUCUUAAUUAAUAAAUCCUUCACAACACAUGUAUUGCAAUAGAAUUUAAAAGUAUUUAAGUUUUUAUGGGCUUUAUUCCAUCAUGUCUCUUUCUCAGCUCUGAUAACUUUCCGAGGACAACAAGCUACCAGUUUCCUGCUUGAGAAAAUGACAAAAAGGACUUUACACAGAGGAAACUGGACAUUUAUUGGACACUGCACUGCUUCCAGCUCUUUUCCCUGACGAAGAAAAGCAAGUUUUGAAAGCGUUCCACAGCAUCAUGUCUGUUACUUCUUGGGAGGUUCUCGCUGAUCAUGUUCUUAUAACUAAAGAUAGGAACUCCAGUCUUGAUCAUAAGAUACCAAAUACUAUGGAACUACAAGAGAAAUCAGAACCACAGCUGAUGACUGAGACAACAGAGGAAGCAGAACCUCGACCAAUAAAAAGAGAAAAAGCUGAAGUGUGCAUCUUUCAGGAAGAGGGGCAGCCUUUAGUGAAGGAGAAGAUUAAUACUUUAAUGGUGACUCAUGUUAAUGCAGAAAUACUCUACCAUGUACCAGAACUGCAACAUAUGAGUGAGACAAAGAAGAAACCAGAUUGUGUCAAAAUUAAAGAGGAGCAGGAGGAACCAGAACUUGUACAGGUUAAAGAGGAACCAGAAGAUGAAGAGGAGCUUGAAAUGAAGCAGGAGGCUGACACCUUGGUUAUGACUCUUAGUCAUGAACAAACAUGCAGUGAACUAGAGACACAUGAAAACCAACUCCUCUCUGCAAACUCAUCUAUGGCUGAGCAGCAACAUCAACAAGGGAGCAAUUUUGAAGAUUUGGGAUCAGUUAGAGAUAUAGAGCUGAAGCUAGAGAAGAGACAUCAGGACACCAGAAAUCACAGCGACAAUAUGAAUAACUCAGAAACAGUGUGUGGAACAAAUUUGCUCCCAUGUGAAGUAUGUGGCAAAUGUUUCAAUAAGCGUAAGUACUUAAAUGUCCACAUGAGAACUCACACAGGAGAGAAGCCAUAUCUUUGUAAAUUGUGUGGUAAAUCAUUUACCAACCACAGUACAAGAGCGAGACACAUGAGAACUCACACAGGUGAAAAACCAUAUCCUUGUGAAAUGUGUGGUAAGUCCUUUAGACAGUCUAACCAGUUGGCUCAUCACUUAAGAACUCAUACAGGUGAGAAGCCUUUUUCAUGUCUGACCUGUGGGAAAGAUUUCACCCAGCAAUCUAACCUAACUGUGCACCUUAGAACUCAUACAGGUGAGAAGCCUUUCUCGUGUUUAAGAUGUGGAAAAGAUUUCACCAGACAAAGCACGUUAAUUGAGCACAUGAGAACUCACACAGGUGAGAAGCCUUAUUCUUGUCAAAUUUGUGGUAAUACUUUUAGGUAUGGUCGCCAUUUGACUAUUCACAUAAGAACCCAUACAGGUGAGAAGCAUUUCUCAUGUCUGACCUGUGGAAAAGAUUUCUCAAGGCAGUCUAACUUGAAUGUGCACAUGAGGAGUCAUACAGGUAAGAAGCCACAUCCCUGAGAUUUGGGUCAUAAAUCUUCAUCAUUAUGUUGUCUAUCAUAGGGGUUUUAUUUAAUAUUUUGAACAUCUACCAAAACUGUGUUGUUUGCUUGUUUGUUGAAGUCAUUGUAUUGACUCAGUGAUUUUGGUAUAAUGCAUCCCCGUCUGUAGCUUCUAAACAACCCAGCAGAGCUUCUCCAGCUUCCUGUUGCUGUUCUUUUUUUAUCACAGGCUGCCUCUGAACAAGGGGUUAAUACUCUAAGCAGAGCAAAAUGAGAUUAUGAUCUGACUUGCCAAGAUGAGGUCUUGCACGAAAACACGACACUUCCAUAAAACAAGUCCAACAUUUUGUUUUCUCUGUUUGAGCAUCUUUUAAACCAGUGAAAGUUUAACCUGUGAAGUGAAAACCAUUUCAGGUGACUACCUCUUGAAGCUCAUCAACAGAAUACCAAGAG